AAGUGAGCUAGAGAUUAGGGAGCUGCCAUGUUGUACGUCCGAAGGGAAGGCUCUUGGGAAGAGCACGGUUUCCGCUUCCGUUGAGGUUGGAGGGGCUGCAGCUGGAGCUGGAGCCCUGUCUCUGCUGUGCUCCUUCUGUUCUCCAAUCUCUGCUGCUGGCUGCUGCCUUGGAGGAGGUGUCUUAGGGGGUGGGUAGUGGAGGGGGGGUGGAGGACACGCCUUGUGGGGGGAUUUUCUCCACCCCCUCUGUGAGUAAGCAUCUGCUGUGUGUGCCUCCUUUCACCGCAGUGUCCCUGGGAUCAGUUUUACAAAGCUGAUCUGACUCGCUUCCAGUCUGGAUAACACACAGGAGCAGGAGUCGCCUCAUCGCUUUCCAGACUGGCACUGUAAGACCUGCCUGUUUCCUGCCUACUUUUCCUUGCUGCAUGUGCCAAAUGCAUCCCCGUGAGCCUAGUAGCCUUGUGCCAAAUCACCGCGGAUGGUCCUGGCAUUAGAAUGGUGCCCAGGAUCCUGUGACAAGGCCAACCCACCCAGACUGGGAAACUGGAGACUGCAGAGGGGCAGUGGGAGCCCGGCAUGGAGGGAUCUGACCAGCGGUUGGUGCUGGGCAUGAACAUGGGCGAUGGGCGGCAGACACCUCCUGGGGAGCUGCGGACUCCCACUGAAGAGGGGCAGGAGCAAAAAACACCUGUGCCUGAAACCAUCUGCGAUGGGGGUGGGGAUGCCAAGAUCCCCCAGAGGACAGAAGAAGAGGAGGAGGAGGAAGAGCUAGACCCCCGAAUCCAGGAGGAACUGGAGCAUCUCAAUCAGGCCAAUGAGGAGAUAAAUCGCGUGGAGCUACAACUGGAUGAAGCCCGUACAACGUAUCGGAGGAUUUUAUCCGAAUCUGCCCGGAAGCUCAACGCUCAGGGCUCCCAGCUGGGGAACUGCAUUGAGAAAGCACGUCCUUACUACGAGGCCAGGCGCUUGGCCAAGGAGGCUCAGCAAGAGACCCAGAAGGCUGCGCUUCGAUAUGAGCGAGCUGUCAGCAUGCACAACGCAGCCCGGGAGAUGGUUUUUGUGGCUGAGCAGGGCGUGAUGGCAGACAAGAACCGGCUUGACCCCACCUGGCAGGAGAUGCUCAACCAUGCCACAUGCAAGGUGAAUGAGGCGGAGGAGGAGCGUCUGCGCAGUGAACGGGAACACCAGCGGGUCACCCAGCUCUGCCAGCAAGCAGAGGCCAAGGUGCAGUCUCUGCAGAAGUCCCUGAAGCGUGUCAUUGUGAAGAGCAAGCCCUACUUUGAGCUGAAGGCACAGUUCAACCAAAUUCUUGAGGAACACAAGGCCAGGGUGACGUCCCUGGAGCAGCGAGUGGCCCAGGCCAAGAUGCGCUACUCGGUGGCCUUGCGGAACCUGGAGCAGAUCAGCGAGCAGAUCCAUGCCCGGCGGCUCCAACGCCUGGUCGGUCGGCGGGCCUCCCCAGUCGGCGCUGAGGCCAGCCCGGCACUGCUGUAUGGAGGGGCAGCACUGCCUCCUGAGCCGGCCUCCUCUGCCGACACUCUCUCAGUGCUCAGCUUCCAGACCAUUGCCUCUGACCUGCAGAAGUUUGAUUCGGUCGAGCACCUGCUGGGGCUGUCUGAUGCCGCCAGUCUGAACAGCGACGAGCUGGAGGAGCGGGAGCAGCGUCGCAAUGCCCAGCCCCACCCCUUCAAGCAUCACCGCAGUAUCAGCCUCUGACCCACACUCCAUGGCAGGAGAACAAGGGAAGGAUGGUUAAGAUAAGGAGGUGCGAGGAAUGGUUAGAGGGGGAGGUGCCUCUCGGAAUGCUCGGAUAACGGGGCUGUUUUGGUCUUGCCUGUCUGAAGCGUAGCCUGCAGGUGGAUUCUUAAACCCCCACCCCUAUUAGGUACGAUCCAGAUUAUCUGCCCCUGAAUACUCCCAACACUGUGGUGCCCAUCCGACCCCACUUGCUGUUGGGGAAUUUGGCAUUUGGGUCCCACUGUUGGGCUGCCCUCCCCCUCUUCCCUCAUCAUGCACUUGCUUCCUGACAGCAUUGCAUCCUGGAAGCUGAUCUCUUCCCGCACAAUUCUCGGAGCUUGUUGGGUUAUUGGUGAUGACACCAUCAUCUUUAGCAGCCAGCGAGUUGUAGGGAAGGGCUUGGGCAGGGGUCAGAGGGAAGAAACUCAAGCAGGGAUGAGUUAAGAAAACCUGUUGUUUGUUUUUACAUGAUUGUGUUUUGCUGGCUGUGGAGUGACCAAGCCGCAGCAGAGGGACCGAAGUGCUGAAGUUCCACUGCUCUGUUUUGGAGAGACACCACCCAGGGCUGUCAGUGCAGCCUUUUUAAAUAGAACUCUGAUGCCCCACCUGGGGGCUUCUUAACACACUACAGCAUAUCGGAGGCAUGCCCUUGUCCCUGUUUCCGUUUUCAUGCCUCCCGGGCGAUGGGAUACAACACCCUCUUUUUAUAGCUUCUCCAGCGUUGUCUGUAGGCCAACACUACAAAGAGGCUGAUGCCUUGAAGGUGCUGUUCAGUAACACCAGGAGAGAGGGGGAGGGAGCAGGUGCCAACAGCCUUGUCCAGCUGGGAUGGUUCCCCCACUCUCUCACCUACUUCAUGCCAUCCCGGUUUCCCCCAGUCACAUGACGAUGGCAUGUUUGCUUCGUUGGAUGUGGUUUGCACUAGCAGGUGGGGCACUGACGUUCUUAAGGAAGUUUCUGCUUGCUCCCUGCUCUUUCUCUCCUUUCCUUCCAGGCAACGGCGCCGCUUCCUGCCUCUCAAGCGAUUUUUCUAGGCUCAGGCUGCAAUGAGAACCAUGCCGGUUUGAGGCAGCCUUGAUUGCCACUUGGUGUGUUUGUAUGACCGGCUUCUGCUGUGUAUUUUAUUUAAAGUAAAGUUUAUUGCCCUAUAAAAAAAA